AUGCCGCGACGGGAACUCGUCCGCAUCGUGCUUGUCGGCGACGACGGCGUCGGCAAGAGCUCGAUCAUCACAUCUCUCAUCAAAGAGUCGUUUGUGCCCAACGUUCAACAUGUCGUCCCAGAGGUCACCAUCCCACCAGAGGUUACUCCGGAGAACGUGACUACCUCCAUUGUGGACACAUCAUCCGACCCCCGCUCGCGUCCACACCUGCUGUCGCAGCUUGGCCGCGCCCACGUCAUCUGUCUGGUGUACUCAAUCUCCGAGCCGUCCAGCUUUGACCGUGUGGCCGAGUACUGGCUGCCUCUGUUCCGCAAGGAGGGCAUCAAUGUCCCCGUUAUCCUUGUUGGAAACAAGAUUGACCUGCGCGGCGGCGAGGUCACAAACCAGGCGCUCGAGGAGGAGGUUGCGCCACUCAUGCGCGAGUUCAAGGAGGUCGAGACUGUGGUCGAAUGCAGUGCGCUGCUCCCCCUGAAUGUUUCCGAGGUCUUCUACUUCGCCCAAAAAGCUGUUCUUCACCCAACAGCACCUCUCUACGACUCGCGCGAGCACAUCCUCAAGCCCAAGUGUCUCGAGGCAUUGAAACGCAUCUUCAAGAUCAGCGACGUCGACAAGGACGGCUUGUUGAAUGCUGUCGAGCUGAACCAGUUCCAGCAGCGAUGCUUCUCGACUCCUCUCCAGACACAAGAACUGGAAGGUAUCCUCGAUCUUGUGCGCGCGUACGACCCAGCAUCCGUCCUGCCAUUACCCUCUCCGUUGACUGCACCAAACACACCCCUGCACGAAGGCGACCCAUGGCCCAGCCAUAUGUCUCCGACGCCGGAGGGUCUCACAGAGCUCGGGUUCCUGUACCUGCACACCAUCUUUAUCCAGCAGGGUCGAAUGGAGACAACAUGGACCGUGUUGCGACAGUUUGGCUAUGGCGAGUCGCUCGACCUGCGUGAAGACUUCCUGUCCCCUCGCUUUGAUGUUCCUUACGACUGCUCCGUCGAGCUGAGCCACCUGGGCAACCAGUUCCUCACCGAUAUUUUCGAGGCGUACGACAAGGACAAUGACGGCGCUCUGUCCCCCUCUGAACUGGACGACCUGUUCUCCACGUCGCCCGGAAACCCAUGGCGCGCACAGGGCUUCCCCGACACGACCAUCACAGACGACCAGGGCCGCGUGACUCUCCAGGGCUGGCUCGCACAGUGGUCCAUGACUACCCUCCUCGACCCAAAGCUCACACUCAACUACAUGGCCUACUUGGGCUUUUCGUCUUCACCUGCCGCGGACCUGCCGUGCGUUGCAGCUGUCAAGAUUACCCGCCCGCGCAAGGCCGACCGUCGCGCUAAAAAGGUCACGCGCAACGUGUUCUUGUGCUACGUCCUUGGCGCAACAGGGUCCGGCAAGACGUCGCUCCUGCGCUCGUUUGUGCACAAGGGGUUCCGCGGUGGCGAGGACGGCAUGUCAGCGUAUGAGCCGACUACAAAGGUGCUUUCAGUGGUCAACAGCGUCGAGAUUGAAGGUGCCGAAAAGUACCUUGUCCUCCAAGAGUUUGGAUCAAAGUAUGAGUCUGAAAUGCUCCGCAACACCAAGCGUCUCGACCAGGCAGACGUCCUCAUCUUCAUCCACGACUCGAGCGACACAAAUUCGUUUUCAUACAUUUCCAACUUGCGUCAGCAAUACUCCCUCGACCACAUCCCUUCCAUCUUUGUCGCCACCAAGUCUGACUGCGAUCUGGCGCAGCAGCGCCACGAAGUGCAGCCAGACGUCUACUGUCGUCGGCUGGGUCUUCCGGCCCCGCUGGCUGUGUCGGCGCUCUCGGGGCCCCUGCCCAACCUGUGGGUGGCCAUCACGCGCGUUGCGCUCUCGCCACAGUCAUACACGCCCCGAGGACCCAGUUCGGCCCUCAGUUCAGCGCAGAGGAUGCGCUCGUUGGCACUGUAUAGCUUGGGAGCGAGCAGCAUUGUCGCGCUGGCCGGCGUGUGGAUGCGGUACCAAGGGUACACGCUCAGGGGGGUAUGGGGCUGGAUCGCAAGGACGACGGGGAUCUUUGCAACGACAGGGGGCGGGGGUACGUCGAGGUGA